AGGAUUUUUGCAGAGCAGGGCGACAGUGGACCAUGGCGGAUCCUAAAACAGUUAAAGAACAGAAAUAUGAUAGGCAACUGAGGCUAUGGGGAGACCAUGGACAGGACGCGCUCGAAAACGCUCAUGUUUGCCUCAUCAAUGCGUCUGCAACUGGUACUGAGAUACUCAAGAACCUUGUUCUUCCAGGUAAUCCAGGCAUUGGAGCUUUCACCAUCAUUGAUGGACACAAAGUUUCUGGGGAGGACGUAGGAAACAACUUUUUUCUCAGCAACAACAACAUUGGAAAGAAUAGGGCUCAGGCAGCCACUGAACUGCUACAGGAGCUCAACAGUGAUGUCUCUGGGAACUUUGUUGAGGAGAGCCCAGACAAACUGUUGGACAAUGACCCUGAAUUCUUCCAUAGAUUUAGCUUGGUGAUUGGCGUCCAGCUUCCUGAAAGCACAUGUUUGAGAUUGGGGGCAGUACUAUGGAGUGUUGGAGUGCCCUUCCUGGUGUGUAGAGCGUAUGGACUGAUUGGCUACAUGAGGCUAGUAGUGAAGGAACACACAGUAAUUGAGUCUCACCCUGACAAUGCCCUUGAGGACCUGAGACUUGACCAGCCUUUUCCUGAGCUCAAAAACCACAUAGACUCCUAUGACCUAGACAGUAUGGAAAAGAAGGAUCACAGUCACACGCCAUGGAUCAUCAUAGUAGCCAAAUACCUGGCGAAGUGGCACAGUGAGCACAACUAUCAGUUACCAAAGAACUACAAAGAGAAGGAGGCAUUCCGAGAGCUCAUUCGGCAAGGGAUCCUGAGAAAUGAGAACGGGGCUCUGGAAGAUGAGGAGAAUUUUGAUGAAGCGAUUAAGAAUGUCAACACAGCCCUAAACCCUACUAAGAUCUCAAGCACAGUAGAGGACGUCUUUAACGGGGAGCAGUGCGAAAACAUUACGUCACAGACGCCGGCCUUCUGGGUCAUGGCUCGAGCGGUGAGGGAGUUUGUGCGGAAUGAAGGCAGAGGGAACCUCCCAGUGCGGGGAACCAUCCCCGACAUGAUCGCAGACUCUGAGAAAUUCAUUAAAUUGCAAAAUGUUUACAGGGAGAAAGCAAUGCAGGAUGCCUCUGUCGUAUCAAAGCAUGUGGAAGCCCUCUUGCAGUCUGUUGGGAAGCCACCAGAGAGCAUCUCGGAGCAGGAUAUUAAACUGUUCUGUAAGAACGCCGCCUUCCUGAGGGUGGUACGCUGCAGAUCUCUGGCUGAGGAGUACAGCGUGGAGUCAUUCAACAAAGAUGAGAUCACUUCCUGCAUGGACAGUCCAGACAGUGAAAUGGUGCUUUACCUGAUGUUGCGUUCUGUCGAUCGUUUCUACCAGCAACACUCUCGUUACCCAGGUGUGUAUAAUUACCAGGUGGAAGAGGACAUCAGUAAACUGAAGCUGUGUGUGAACAGUCUGCUACAAGAGUACGGUCUGACUGUUAACGUGAAAGACGACUACAUCCAUGAAUUCUGUCGCUAUGGUGCUGCUGAACCACACACAGUCGCUGCCUUUUUGGGAGGCUCUGCUGCACAGGAGGCCAUCAAAAUCAUCACACACCAGUUUGUACCCUUCAACAACGCCUUCAUCUACAACGCUAUGUCCCAGACUUCAACUACCUUCCAGCUAUAAGCAUAUCUUCUGCACCUUGUGUGUGUGUGGUUUUUUUUGUUUUUUUUUUCUCUCAAGUCCUCUGUAAAACCUUAAGCUUCAUUUUGGAAAUGUCAACAUUAAAAUCAGUGUUUUAUAUAGUGUGGUUACGCUCGUUCGUAUUUGUUUUCACUGACUAAUGUUUCUGUCGGGAGAUGUUCAUGAUAGGUGCUGAACAUUCUUACUUUAUCUUUGAAGUGUAUUGACUGCUCACAUUGCUUAAAUGAUUCAGUUAAAAAUAAAUUAGAUUUUAUAGAUAGCACGUUUGUUAAAUGUUCAUUGAACAAGGAUCAACUGUGUUUCAUAACCCUUCCAGAAAUUUCAGACGUGUAGCAUGACCAACAUUACCAGUUAGCUGGCUUUCCUGUCCAUAUAAAAUUGAAUUGAAAAACAUGUGAGCAUCUCA